UCAAAUACCAAAAUCAGGUCGUGUUAUAUUAGGAACUUCACAGAGAUCAGUGUUCGGGAGCUCUUGAUAAUGGCGUACCCACCGCAGUUUCACAUGGCUCUCUCCUCCCCUCCCGCCUCCUCUCCACCAAACCUACCUCUUCCGACUAUGCCGGAGAUCAUUGAUUCCUCCCGGUCCCAAGGCCUCUGUCUCCGCCUCCACACCCUCGGUCCAUUCUUCCGCGUAACAGCCGAAGGACUCACCGGAACAGAGCUCGGUAAAGCUGAGGGCUUUAUCCAUCCAUGGUUUGGCGGAAAGGUUCUCCACCUCGACUCCAUACGCAUGAAGAGGGAGACGCUCGCCAUGAAAAGGUCCAUCUUUGGCCUCGGACUCUUCGUCGGCGCUGUGGCCAUUCGCCAUGGCUUCGACUGCGGUUGCCGCCGGGCCGAGCUCCUUGCCAUUAAUGAUACUCCGGCGUUCCACUCUAGACUGGUACGUUUCUAUACAAGGAUGGGUUUCAGGGCGGUGCACGAAGUGGAUGGUUCGUCGAUGGUGGACCUGGCUCACAUGUUGGUAUGGGGAGGACGAGGAACUCGGAUGGAUGCGGAUAUCGAAAAUCUUUUGAGGAAAUGGAGUAAGCGCCUCAAAUCUUGAACUAAUUUUUGUAUGUUUUUUGUUAAUAAUAUAUUUUUGAAGUUGUAAGUAUGACAUUAUUUUAAAUCCAAGAAGGGUUAUGCUAUGCUCCAAA